AUGAGUGGCCUCUUCAAGAAGGAUUUCCACAGCCACUUCUUCCAAUCUCCAAUGACACUGCAGGACAAUAUGGUUUUCCCCUCUAGAGGGAGCUAUACCAUCACCCUCCAGUUGGCAGUUGUGAUGUGCUGUGUGACUGUAUGUGGCGGGACCCCUGACCCCCGUCAGAGGGAGACGAUGAUGCGCCAGGAGACCUCCAGGCAGACAGGGGGCCGUGUGCAGCUGACAGGGGCAGAGCAGUGGCUCGACGCACACCUUCACAAGCUAAAAGAACAAGAGAUGGCUGCGGCCCAGUUCCCUCCUGCCAUUCACUUCUUCAAGGCACGGCCCCUCAUCCAUAAGAGCCCCAUCUUUAGCCUGCUGCAAAGGAUGCCCAAAGGUAAGACAGUAAUACAGUCCCACUGCCCUAGUGCAGCUGAGGAGCACCUUGGCUCACCUUACAAAUAUGUUUACCAUCAAUUUAACUACGGUUAGUAUAUUCUCUAUUCUGGGUCACAGGGGCAGCCCUCCACAUCCACAGCUCAUCUCUGGUGAGUGUUGAUUGGCUGGUGAAGAACAUCACAUACAGGCCCCAUUGUUACAUCUGCUUCACAUGGGGCAGGUCUGUACGGUUCGUCUUCUCUAGUCGCCGGCCCUUCCCUACCUGGGACUGCCUCUACUGGCAACUGUUGAAGACCUUGAGAGCCAACAUGGUGGAUCCUACAGACUUUGACUACAGGUAGUCCACUAUAUCAUCAAAGCCAAGCAAUACAAAUAGGCGUCUAUGAAUGAACACAUGUAGUAGCAAAAAGACAACUUUCUUAUUCAUGGAAGGGUAGUUUAUUGUCUUUUUGGAUGUUUUUCCAGCUUGAUGCAGAACCUCACACUGUUCACUGAUGAUCCAGACACUACCUACCCGAGCCAGGACGCAGUGUGGGAGAGGUUUGAGAUGGCAUUUGUGGCCAUAGCUGGGCUGGUCACCUACGCUCCUGUGUUUAAAGACUUUCUCUACAAGGGCUUAGAACAGCUGUUUGAUGACAACAUCAUGUACCUGGAACUAAGAACUGGACUAUCAAGGGUUAGUACUGUGGGCCUUAAUCGGAAGUAUAAUGGGCAAUGUAGUGGGCUGGAAUUACAUGUUACCUAGGCUAUAUGAGAUACCUAGACAUUUAUUUUUCAAGGGUUUUUGGUGAUGUUUUUAUUCUGCAUAUCCUGCAGACAUAUGAGCUGGAUGGAAGUAUCCAUGAUAAAGCCUGGUCCCUGAGGACUUAUCAGGAAGUCACUCAACAGUUUGUGGCUGAACACCCUGGCUUUCUGGGAGCUCGACUCAUCAUUUCCGUCCAUAGGUACAGUACAGGGUUCAAAUACUAUUUAUAAUCAUUUUGGACACUCUAGCUGUGCUUGAUUGAGCUUGCCUGUUGCAAUGAAAGCAAUAUAAUUAUGAUUUCUGAUGAUUGGCACUGCCGUUGUGUGCACCUUAGGGUUCUGAGUGUGUCUGAUGUCAAAGCAGCUGUAAAAGAGGCCAUUCAGAUGCAGAAGGAUUUCCCAGAGUUUGUUGCAGGAUUCGACCUGGUGAGAAUUCUAUUGAGGGGUUGAACCAAUCAUAUGCCCUCUCAUUACUGAAAAUCAAUACACAAAUAAACAAUUUCAUGAUUUACUACAAUGUUUACAUAAUUAUUUAUUACAUUGCAUCUAUUUGACACACAUUGUAAAAUGAACUGUUCUUUUGUGGUUUUAGGUUGGCAGGGAGGACAGGGGAAGACCUCUCUGGUUCUUCAGGGAGGCCUUAUCUCUACCUGCAGAGCUUGGAGUCAUGCUGCAAUACUUCUUUCAUGCAGGAGAGACUGGCAAGUAUAGGAUGAUUGAUUAAAACAAUUGUGUAAUCAACAAAAACAAAUCACGGUAUAUACACAUUAUUGUGAUGCACUUACAGUAUAACGUGUGUGUGUGUGUGUGUGUGUGUGUGUGUGUGUGUGUGUGCGCGUGCAUUUAUACUUGUGCAGACCACGAGGGCACUGAAGUGGAUGAAAACAUUCUGGAUGCCCUACUGUUCAACACCACACGUAUUGGGCAUGGGUACGCCUUGGCACACCACCCACUGGCAAAGGAGCUCUCCAGGAAGGGAAACGUGGCCGUUGAAGUAUGCCCCAUCUCAAACCAGGUAAAUGCCACAUUGUCUGUCAGUACUCAUCAUAAUAUUCCCAUUGGUUAAAUAAAAAAGCAGCACUGUAGGGUAUUUCAGUUUGGGGACAAUAAAGUUAAUCUGAACUGAAACUCUAAAUAUCUCUGGUUCAGUUGUCUUUAGUCCACUGAGUUAAAUCAGUGCUGAUGUCCCUGAAUCCCUGUGUGUCUAUGACCAGGUGCUGAAGCUGGUGUCUGACCUAAGGAACCACCCUGCAGCUGUGCUGAUGUCUGAGGGCCACCCCAUAGUGGUCAGCUCUGAUGACCCGUCCCUGUUUGGGACCACUGGGCUCUCCUAUGACUUCUAUGAGGUGUUUGUGGGCAUCGGUGGCUUGAGGGCUAACCUGGGCACUCUGAAGGAGCUGGCCAUCAACUCCAUAAGGUGAGGUCAAGAGUUGUUUGGAGAAUUUAAAUGAAAGAGUAUUUCAUGUAUCUCUAUGGUAUUACCUCUGUUUGCUCUGGAUACUAACUGUUUAAUCUCUCAUGACAGACUGUUAACAUAGCUAGCUAGCGUAUGGGUGAUUGAGUUCGGAGAUUACCAACUGCUUAAUUUGUAGUCGUGAAAAGCAUGUGUUUGAGAAAGUUGUAGUUAUAUGUCCUCUACCAUAGAUAUAGCUCACUGCCAUCACAGCUGAAGGAGAGGGGGCUGGCCAUGUGGCAGAGGACGUGGGAUAAGUUCAUCUCUGAGAACUCAUAUAGAAAUCCCUGA